AACUGGGAAUCUAAAUCUCCCGUCAUCUUCUUCUUAGGAGGGGGCUUUCUUUUGGACUUGCGGCGACCCAUUUCACACAAACUAACUCAAGUCUGCGUGAGGAAGGAGACAAAAACAAGGCGGAUUGUAAAACAAGGUAAAUCACCUCACGGUAAAAAAACACGACGAAAAUUAACUUUGAAAAUACACGUUGCAGUUCUGAGGUGAAGUGGCUUCCUUAAGACCCGGGAUCAGUAAGUGUUCACGUCCAAUGAUUGGACGGCAGCUCGUGCUGCGCGGUCAGCCAUUGGCUGUCUGACACGUCAGUCAACUUAAUUAUCUGGGACGUAACACCGACUGACAGGGUUCUCCCACGUGGUGGCGACAGAAGCUCACACUCCGAAAUGUCAGUGACCUGGACAAUGAAGGCGGUGGGCCUGAGUGUGGUAACCCUUUCCCUCAGCGUGGAGCUGCUUUUCUGGCUCUGCCGCCGCCUCAGGCCCAGAAGGAUCCUUAAUGAGGUCCUCUUCUUUCCCUCAGAUCUGGCCUGUGUGGAGCACAUCUACAAUCCCAAUACCUGUUUCUGCCCGUUGCCUCAUGGUGUAGAGACCUCUUUCUCCCGUCUCCUCUCCCACAUCCUGUCUGCUUCCUCCUCUCUGGAUGUGUGUGUGUUUGCCUUUUCCAACAUGGACCUGAGCAGAGCUGUACUCGCGCUGCACAGCAAGGGCGUCAUCAUCCGAGUCCUCACUGACAAGGACUAUGCUGCUAUCACUGGCUCUCAGAUAGGAGUCCUACGUAAGGCCGGGAUCUGUGUGCGCUGCGACACCGGCUCUGUGUACAUGCAUCACAAGUUUGCAGUGGUGGACAAUCGAUUUCUCAUCACAGGCUCCCUCAACUGGACGCUGACAGCAGUGCAGUGUAACCAGGAGAACAUUAUCAUCACAGAGGAACCGCACCUGCUACAACCAUUCAUCGAGGAGUUCCACAAGUUAUGGGUUAAAAAUGAUCCAGCCAAAUACUAUCAUUCAAUCGACUAAAAACCUUCUCACCAUGACUGACAAACGGUGAUCACUAAAGAGUCAGAACAAUUGCAAUUAAAAUCUGUUUCGUCAGCCAAGCCAGUGAAUGUCUACAGAUGAACCCUUUAUUUUUUCUGUUGAAGUUGAGUGGCAAGGUUACUGCUGAAGAUGAUAGAUGUUUAUGGCAGGAAUUUUGAACACUGUUUAAAUCAGAAGAAAAAUACUAAACCCUGAUUUUGACUUGUACUGUGUAAUUCAAGUGGCUGAGUUUGUGUUUGAUUCAGUUUUUUGUAUGAUAUCUUUACAAAAAUAACAGCCUGCAUUUUUUUCUGUUGGUCACAGUCCAAAGAUAAGAUAAUUUCCACUUCAUAGGUUUUUGUCGUGUUCUUAGGAAAGUGAUUAUUUUUGUUUAAAAAAAGAACCUUUCAUGUUUUCUUAAUGAAAGUAUGUGUUUUUUACUCUAUCUUUACUCAGCAGAUCCAAUCUUUUUUGAUGGUUAUUUUAUUAUCAGCAAUGUUUUUCAUGACACCUUUUUUCUGUCCAAACAUGAGGGAUUAUCCAGGUUAGUUAGGGAUUUGAGAACUAAGGGAUUAUCCAGGGUAGUUAGGAAUUUGAUUGUUCUGCCAAAAUAAAAAUAAAACAAUUCACAGUUA